AGGGCGCUAAUGUGCCAUAAACGGACAAGAGUGCUGAGUGCUGACGUCAUACUCAGCGUCAACUGACUACAACAUUUUCUCAAAAAAAUCAUACACCUCUCCCAUUUUUAACGAAAUGCUGAAAACAUGUAUUCGUUCACAGACAGCACGUUCUUGAGUCAAUCAUGACAUCACUGUCAUCAUCUCAUUUGACGGGGUCGAGCUCAACAUGCAGGACCCUUCCUGGGGAGGGUAGCCAGGUCCACCCCAGGGCUCCUCUCCUGCAGAUACUGAGAGUGGCAGGUGCUCAGGAGGAGGUGUUUACUCUGAAGGAGGUCAUGCACUAUUUGGGUCAGUACAUCAUGAUGAAGCAGCUGUAUGACAAACAAAGGCAACACAUCGUCCACUGUCAAGAUGACCCACUCGGAGAGCUGCUGGAAGUGAGGAGCUUUUCUGUUAAGAACCCCAGUCCAGUGUAUGAGAUGCUGAAGAAGAAUUUGGUUAUUUUGAAUAAUUCGGAUGCUGAAAAGAAUCUUUCAGUCGGCAAGGGUUCUAAUGAGUCUCCAAGUGAAGAUCCUGGUCAGGUGUCCUGUGGGUCAGUAAGCAAUGGACAAUGUCUCAAUGCCAGCAGUAUGAGCACCACUGCUACGCUGAGCUCCUCUCAACGCAGGCCACGUGAUCCAGAUGAAGAUUCUUCAGACGACUUACCCAGGUCGGCUUCCAAGCGGCCAAAGCUGGACGUGGCUGUGGAAGAGUUGGAACUUUCAGGUUUGCCUUGGUGGUUUCUGGGUAACCUGCGAAGUAAUUAUACUCGGCGGAGCAAUGGUUCAACAGAUAUCCAUACUAAUCAACUCUCUCCCGUACAGGACGAGGACACAGCCAUCGUGUCUGACACCACUGAUGAUCUGUGGUUCCUCAAUGAGGCGGAGAGUGAGCAGGUGAACGUGGAGAUGAAGGAGGCCGUGCUGGAGCAGGGCAGUGAUGCAGAUUCGCCGCAUGAAGAGGAGGAGACUGGAAGAGACAGUAAAGAUGACAGCAAGAUGAAGGACGACCAGGAUGAGGACUCGCAGUGUUUGAGUGAUGACACAGAUACAGAGAUCUCCACUCAGGAUACGUGGCAAUGCUCUGAGUGCCGCAAAUUCAACACACCGCUCCAGAGGUACUGCAUGCGUUGCUGGGCUCUGCGGAAGGACUGGUACAAGGACUGUCCUCGACUCGUGCACUCCAUCUCCGUUCCGGACAUCCCCAUCUGCACUUCACUUCCUGAGAGGGAUGAAGAUGAGGAGGAAGAUGAUGGAAUCGACAUGCCGGACUGCCUCAGGACUGUGUCUGACCCAGUUGUACUCCCUUCACAUCAAGUCUCUAGAAACCUCCUCCCAUCGUCCGCUUCUUCGUCUAAAGGCAAGGGCAAUUCACAGCUUCACCACUCACAGGAGAGCUCCGAGGGUGACAGCCAGGACACCCUGGACAUGGAGACCGAAUGCCAUCCCGAGGCCAUACUGGAGCCCUGCAAGCUGUGCCGGGUGCGGCCGCGCAACGGCAACAUCAUCCACGGGCGCACCGGUCACAUGAUCACCUGCUUUCCCUGUGCACGCAAGUUGCACAAGUUUCACGCGCCAUGCCCGGGAUGUGGCCAGAUUAUACAGAAGGUCAUCAAAACGUUUAUAGCAUGACUCAAACAGGACAAUUCACAGGCAUGAAUCACAAACACAUUUGCGUAUCAUUCGUAAAAUGGUUUUCGGGUUCAUAAUGAAGGAGGAAAUAAAGGAAACACUGCCAGGCUAAGAUGAAAGCAUAGAUUAGUGUAUCUAUAUUGAUUUGCGGUGUUAAGUACAAAGUAAGUAAAAAUAAUGUACAGAAUAUAAUUUAACUGUGGUGCAUUGAAACAGGCCUCGUAAUAAUGCUUUGCCAUCGUUUUUAUUAGCAUAGGUUUUCUAAAUAGAGUAAUUUGUUCCUUUUUCUGUUAGGUCAAGACGUGUGCUACUUGCUACUGCCUGAUAAGUGAAGAAGGUAUGAAAACAAAUCAAAAGAUUAUAAUUCAUGCAAAUGAAAUGCGUGGCUUCAGUAAAAGUUCCUGCAUAAACAUUAAAAACAUUAUAGUAAUUAGUAAAGUUUAGACAAAAAUUUAUAGAGUUUCUUGGGCAAGCAUUUAAUUUAAGAGCCCUUUCAACACACUUGACCAAUUUUGCUUUUAUUUGAUAGAGAAAAUAAUUUAGUCCCCUCCAGAUACUGGCACUUAAAAAAUAAGACCUUGGGCAACACUGUGGGGAUGCCAAUGACCUAGUAGAGGGAUUUGUGGAAAGGUGCUUUAAACAGAUUGUACUGGAAUAUUUAUUUAUUUAUAAAAUUGAGACGUAUUCUGACGGUAUGACCAAAGUUUGCUUGACAAGAAGAACCUGCUGUAUUACUUAUCAUAUAGUGUUAAAUAAUCUUCAAUGGUGUCGUACAGAACCUUCAGCGAGAAGCCUUAACUUAUUUUCUAUUACAACUUACAGGCUUUUGACAUGCUUUCCAACUAUUGGUUUCUUAAAGAGAUAGUUCACCAAAAUCAAAAAAAUUAAGUUCUGUCAUCAUUUACUAACCGUCAGAUUGUUUCAAACCUAAUUUUUCGGUUUGUUUGUGCAGCUAAACUCAAGUGAAGAUAUUUGAAAGAAUGUCAGUAUGCAAACAGAUCUCAGCCCCCAUUGACGCCCAUCGUAUUUAUUUUCCCUACUAUGGGAGUAAGUCGGGGAUGAGAUCUUUCUGGUUACUGACAUUCUUCCAAAUAUUGUUCUUUGUGUUCAGCGGAACAAACUGAGGGUGAGUAAAAAUCGACAGAAUUUAAUUUUUGGGUGAACCAUGACUUUGAGAAGCUCCAAUUCCUCUUUGCUUGUUUUUUGAUCCCACAUAAUCCAGGGCUGUUUAGCCUCUUUAUUUGUGCCUUUAUUUCUGUUUUAGUUCACCCAUACCCAUUCACUUGUGCCUGUUAAAGGUAGUGUAUAGGAUACUGGUAUGUAGCAUGUCAUGCUAAUUAUAUGUAGCCUAUUUGAGAAGUUAGUGUAUGGGUUCCUUUGUGCUUGUUCUCAAUAUGUCCUACAUUUAACUGCCAGGUGAGAUGACACGAGAAAAUGUGAUGUCUUUGGACUGUCACGCUUUUUAUGGACAAUACUCGUAAUGAGGAGUUUCAUUGAUCUUCUGAAAUGCUUGUUUUUAUGGUUGAAAGGUCAAAAGGACUAACGUUAACUUGAGCACUUCUCUUCAAAGCCUAUUUUUGCGAGUUUAUGUGGCGUAUUGUCAUCUGUUUUUGUUAAUACUGCUGUGUUAUUCAGUACUUAAGUGAAAUGAUUAAACUGUUGUGUAUGUGCAGCUAUAGAGGAUUUCAUCUGUAAUAUCGUCCUCACCCACUAGAGGGCGCACGCAAUGGAUUCACGGUACUAGCUUUUCUAUUGCUCAAGUACUCUGUGCUUUUGUUUUGUUCUAGUUAAUACUGUGUAAUUUAACCUAUUUGUGAUGGCUAUACAAGAUAGCCUAUUUCCAAUGACCAGAACUUUCUAGUGUGGAACAUUAUUGCUACAUCACUGCCAUUAUACCGCAUAGUAUGGAAUAUUCAUCCUAUGCCAAUGCAAUUAUAUAAUGAAGUUUGUUUGUGUGUUUUAUCCAUUUUUUUUCUCAGAUUCAAUUUGAACAUUAUUUCUUUGUUUUAAGUAAAUAAUCUAACCAAUAAAAAGAUAAAAGAU